UGUAUUUUGCUAGAUAGGGGAAGAAGGGUUGUCUGCUGUCUGGUAGGAGGGCUUUGUCUGUGUGUGCCUUUCUCUCUCUCUCCCUCUCACACUCUCGCUUGCUCUCUCUCUCUCUCUCUCACUCCCUUUCCCGUCUCUGUGGUUUGUAAGGUAGGUUGCAGUGUGUAUAUAUACACAACAUCAAGAGCAGGAAAAUGGACUCAUUAGGGAGGCAGGCAGUCAUUACCACUCACACUGUACUUCCAGGGAGACAGCGACUAUGAAGAGACAAACUGAGGACUGGGGAACAAGCAGCAUAAAAGAGAAGUGUUAGGAGCUGCUCUUAACCCUUUGGAGUCGGAAGAGAAAAGGGAACUAGAGGGCUUGACUUCUCCUUUACCUCCUGCAUUUACUCUGACCACAGUCCCUCCCUGUUCUCACAAGUGGAGCUCAGCCCUGCUUCCCAUCCUGUUGAUUCCCAGUCAGCUACAUGACUGCCUGAAGUUAAAUUUUAGAUGCUGAAAUCACUGCACCUUAGAAACAAAAAGAUUAAGCUGCACUGCAUUCCUCAGUGGCUGGCACUUUUCCUCUACGUUGCGAGAGAGAGAGAAUUGGCUGGAAUUGCUUUCCAUAUAGCUGGCUUGAAAUGCAGCAUUGAAAAGACUGUGGUUUGUACCUCUAAGUUUUCACCUCUAGAUUGUGGUCGCUGAUUUGCCCCAGAGCAUCAAGUCAUUCCUUUACUACAUCUCAAGAAGGGAUAUACUGCUCAACUAGAAUGUAUUAGACUGAGAAGCUGACUGUCUGCUAAUAGGAACAAACAGAAGAAGAAAUAUGAAAGAAGACUGAAAAGCUGGCCAUUUACUCCUUUGAUCCUUGGCGAUCAGUUUGUGCUCUUCUCCUGAAGGAACCUUUUCUGUGUCGCAUAUGAGGAAACUGAGGCACAGCGAGUUUUGAGUAACUUGUCCAAAUUCACGCAGCAAAUCAUUGGCAGAGCCGGGAAGAUAACGUGGAAAUCCUGGAUCUCAGGCCCAUGCUCUAACCACUAGGCCACGCUGCCUCUCCAAAUUACAGACACAGCCUCUCUCUGUCCCCUGCCCCAAUGAAUGUCUGCACUAGGGCCAAGGCUUGGAGUGAUUUACCUGAAGAGUGACACCAUUUGGAAACCACUGAAGAAACCCAAGACAGCUGAAAACCAGAAGGCGUCUGAGGAGAAUGAGAUUACUCAGACGGGUGCAAGCAGCGCCAAGCCAGGCCUUCCCUGCCUGAACCUUGAAGCUGUUCCGCCUCUGAGCCCAGCCCUCACCCACUCAUCACAGUCACCAACAAACCUGCCCGCACACACAGGGUCAUCUGAUUGUAACAUCAGUUGCAAGGGGAUGACAGAGCGCAUUCACAGCAUCAACCUUCACAACUUCAGCAAUUCUGUGCUCGAGACCCUCAACGAGCAGCGCAACCGUGGCCACUUCUGUGACGUGACGGUCCGCAUCCACGGGAGCAUGCUACGCGCCCACCGCUGCGUGCUGGCAGCUGGCAGCCCCUUCUUCCAGGACAAGCUGCUGCUGGGGUACAGCGACAUCGAGAUCCCCUCAGUGGUGUCAGUCCAGUCUGUGCAAAAGCUCAUUGACUUCAUGUACAGUGGGGUGCUGCGGGUCUCACAGUCAGAGGCCCUGCAGAUCCUCACAGCUGCCAGCAUCCUGCAGAUCAAGACUGUGAUUGAUGAAUGCACAAGGAUCGUCUCGCAGAAUGUAGGGGAGGUCUACCCAGUGAUUCAGGACUCUGGGCAGGAGACGCCCAGGGGGACCCCCGAAUCGGGCACCUCAGGGCAGAGCAGCGACACAGAGUCUGGCUACCUGCAGAGCCACUCGCAGCACAGCGUGGACAGGAUCUACUCAGCUCUUUAUGCCUGUUCCAUGCAGAAUGGCAGUGGGGAGCGCUCCUUCUACAGCGGAGCCGUGGUCAGCCACCAUGAAACGGCCCUGGGGCUCCCCAGAGACCAUCACAUGGAAGACCCCAGCUGGAUUACACGGAUCCACGAGCGCUCACAACAGAUGGAGCGGUACCUCUCCACCACUCCAGAGACCACACACUGCCGCAAGCAACCACGCCCAGUCCGGAUCCAGACCCUGGUGGGCAACAUCCACAUCAAACAGGAGAUGGAGGAUGACUAUGACUACUAUGGCCAGCAGAGGGUGCAGAUCCUGGAGCGUAAUGAGUCUGAGGAAUGCACUGAGGACACUGACCAAGCAGAAGGCACUGAGAGUGAGCCCAAGGGGGAGAGUUUUGACUCUGGAGUCAGUUCCUCCAUUGGGACUGAGCCAGAUUCCAUGGAGCAGCACUUCAUGGCUAACUUGGGCCGAGAGGGUCAGCAGGAACCUUCCCAGGCAGAGCAAAAUGAAGUCCCUGCUGAAGGCACACAGACCCAGCCGCAACACCUAGAUGCCAACACUUCCUCGCCAGACAGAAGCAAUGACAUUGAAAUGGACAGCAAAGUGCUCACUGUCAGUAACAACAGCGAAAAGGGGGCCUUGCAGCCUUCUGUCAACACAACAGUUGCCCAACCAUUGCCAAGCACCCAGCUUUACUUACGCCAGACAGAAACCCUCACCAGCAAUCUGAGGAUGCCGCUGACCCUGACCAGCAACACACAGGUCAUUGGCACAGCUGGCAACACCUACCUGCCCGCCCUCUUUACCACACAGUCUGCUGGCAGUGGACCUAAACCUUUCCUUUUCAGCCUGCCCCAGCCCUUAGCUGGCCAACAGACACAGUUUGUGACAGUGACCCAGCCUGGCCUGUCAACCUUUACUGCCCAGCUGCCAGCCCCACAGCCCUUGGCCCCAUCUGCGGGCCACAGCACAGCAGGUGGACAGGGUGAAAAAAAGCCUUAUGAGUGCACUCUCUGCAACAAGACUUUCACCGCCAAACAGAACUACGUCAAGCACAUGUUUGUACACACAGGUGAGAAGCCCCACCAAUGCAGCAUCUGUUGGCGCUCCUUCUCCUUAAAGGAUUACCUAAUCAAACACAUGGUGACGCACACCGGCGUGAGGGCCUACCAGUGCAGCAUCUGCAACAAGCGCUUCACCCAGAAGAGCUCCCUCAACGUGCACAUGCGCCUCCACCGUGGGGAGAAGUCCUACGAGUGCUACAUCUGCAAGAAGAAGUUCUCCCACAAGACCCUUCUGGAGAGGCAUGUGGCUCUGCAUAGUGCCACCAACGGCACCACCGGCGCAGCAGGCACCGGCACCAGGCCUGUCCCUGCCGGGGUGGUGGCCUGCACGGAGGGGACCACAUACGUCUGCUCUGUCUGUCCAGCUAAGUUUGACCAAAUCGAGCAUUUCAACGACCACAUGAGGAUGCAUGUGUCAGACGGAUAAGUAGAAUCUCUGUCUCUUUGUUAUGAACAAAAAAAAAAUAGAAACAACAACAAAAAAGCUAUGGCACUAGAAUUUAAGAAAUGUUUUUGUUUCCUUUUUACCUUUUUCUUUCUUCCUUUUUUUCUUUACUUUUAGUUUUGUUGUUUUUGUACUACAUGAAGAACUGUUUUUUGCCUGCUGGUACAUUACAUUUCCGGAGGCUGGGUGAAUAAUAGUUUUCCCGACCUCCUUUGGAUGGUGGCCUUAAGGCCAGGUAGUGCUUCAGGAGCUCCACUGGUUGGAUCUCUAGCUACUGGCCUCUAAAUACAACCCUUCUUUACUACAAAAAAAAACAAACAAAAAAAUAACAAAAAAAAAUCAUUUUUUUUUCUCACUUGUGAAGAGCACUACAAAAAAACAAAACAAGAGUAUAUUACGAAAUCUACAAGGCCUACUGUCGUUUUACGUACACCGCUUGCAGUGUUUCAAUGGACGUAAUUCACAAUUCCGACCGCUCUCGGACUUCACAGUAUCCAGUUAGAACUGUGGAAUAUAUCACUACUGGUUGAACAGCAACCAGACGAAACAAGGCCCUGCUGGUUUCCACCAUUUGUCUGCUUUAUCUUUCUCUCUCUCUCUCUCUCACACACACACACACACACACACACACACACACACACACACACACUCUCUCUCACUCACUCACUCACUCACUCUAAAAGGGCUGAGGAGAGGGCAAGGGAGUUUGGGUUGGAUGGUGCGGUGCCCCUUCAGGAUCAGGAAUAAGAAUCACACUUUCUCCUCCUGGAUUCUGCUCCAUCCCAUGCUCUUAAGCUCACCCACUCGUCCCGCUUUCCCCUCACCACAAACACCACCUUUCGGCAGACACCAGGAAGAUUCAGACAACAAGCAACGGUGGCUUUCUUUUGUAAUUUAUUCAGUGUCUUCGCUGAGCCCAGAGCCUCAGCACAAUCAAGAGGGACUUUCACGGAAGGCAAACAGAAACACAGAGGAAAAACAAACAUAGAGGUUUGCAACCUGCGAAUCAAGGUACAAGAGAAGGAUUCGUUCCCACAAUCUUUGCAAAAAAAAAAAAAAAAGUUACAUCAGGAUUUAUUCUUGUGGAAGAAAGAGGA